UCCUGCUCGCUCGAUACACAGGGCUGGCUGGUGUUGGUGGUGGUGGAGGUGGUGUUGGAGGCGGCGGUGGUGGAGGUGGUGGAGUUCCAUAUUAUACCUAUGCUAUACUGCUGUCCACCACCCGCCAUGGCAACCCAAAAACCGGUGGAGUGGGUGUCCGCCCUGCUGACCCGCUUCGAGGAGCAGCUCCCCUGCCGCACAGGCCCCCAGACGCAGCACACCAAGUUCAACGUUGAGCAGAACAAAGAGUGUCUUGUGCGCAUUAGCCGAUACAAGUUCUCCCUGGUCAUCGCCGGCCUGCACAAGAUCCUGCAGAAGGUCAACGAGAUGCGCCCGCAUGGCCCAGACUUUGAGAAGAACUACUACGAGAGUCUACUGAUUGUGCUGGACACCCUAGAGAAAUGCCUCUCGUCACAGCCCAAGGACACCACGCGCGACGAGGCCAUGAACGUCAAGCUGCUGCUGCGCGAGACAUGCCAGUUCAUAGAUCUGCCUUCGGACAACAACAUGGUGGUGCAGCUCAAGACACUGGCCUCCAAGGUGCUCUUCGCCCUCAGCCUCAACAACUUCUCCGUCGUCUUCAACCGCAUCUCCGUCAGGCUGCAGGAGUUGAGCGCCACCAACACGGAUGAGAACCCGGAUGUGACGGACAUUGAGCUCAUCCAGCACAUCAACGUCGAUGUCAACCGACUCAUCCGACUUCUCAAUGAGACCAUCCAGAAGUUCCGCAGCCUCAGGAAGAACGCCCAGAUCGCCCUCAUGACCUCCCUGGAGAAGGCCAUAUGGAACUGGAUGGACACCUACCCCAACGAAUUUGCCGACCUGCAGAAGCGACGCAAUGAUGAGCUGGCCAAAUGCUGCGAGGCCAUGUUUGAACACCUGGACAGCUUUGCGGAGAACAGCAAGAAAAGGGCGGCUGUCUGGCCACUACAGAUCAUGCUGCUGGUGCUGUCCCCGAAGGUCCUCGAGGAGAUCGUCAACGCGGAUUCUGGCGCCCCGUGUUCACAGCGUCACUUUAAGAAGAAGCAAUUCAUAGACCAGCUCAAGAAGGCGCUCAUACCUCACAACAUCUCCCGGCACCUGACCGAGGCCGCUGCCGUCACCUGCGUCAAGCUGUGCAAGAUCGCCACCUACAUCAACAUCAACGACUCCAAUAACGUUGUCUUUGCCCUCGUCACAAGUGUUCGGAGUGAGCUGAAGAAUCUCCUCUUCAACAUCGUCAAGCCGUUCAUCCGCGUACAGGCGUUCAUCUUCCAGGACGUGGAUCUCAUGAUUGACUGCUUUGUGUCGCUGUUCCGCAUCCUUCCACACAACAACGAGGCGCUCAAGGUCUGCCUCAACCCCAACUCACCGCCCACAUAUCACUUCGUCCUUGUGUCAUCCCUAUACCGAAUCAUCACUCAGCCCCGCCUGCCGUGGUGGCCCCAAAUCGACAUUGUAUACAACAAGUCUAGUGAGCUGAGGUCAAUGUUUACCGACACCCUCAACAAGGUGACCCAGGGAUGCAUACCUCAGACACCCCUGCGCAUGAUACAGGGCUUCACUCUCAAGUUCAAGGAGAAGGCAUCGGAUGAGUCACCCUCCUACAAGAACCUUCUGCUGUGGAUGGUCCGGCUGAUCCACGCUGACCCCAUGCUGAUGCUCAACGGGAAAGCGGGCCACGAAAUCCAAAGCUCCACCCUUGAGCUGAUCAACGGCCUGGUAUCCCUCGUGCACAAUGCCUCCAUGCCCGACGUGGCUGCAGAGGCUAUGGAGGCGCUGCUCGUCCUGCACCAGCCUGAGAAGAUAGAGAUGUGGAACCCUGAGGCACCCAUCAACACCUUCUGGGAUGUGAGUUCCCAGGUGCUGUUUUCCAUCUCUCAGAAGCUAAUCCAGCACCAGAUUGCCAACUACACAGAGAUCCUGAAGUGGCUGAGGGACAUCCUGGUGUGCCGCAACGCUUUCCUCCUCAGACACAAGGACUAUGCCAACUGUAACAUCGGCGCGCACAUAGCCAUCUGCAAGCAGGCGCACAUCAAGCUGGAGGUCGUGUUCCUGAUGUAUCUGUGGAGCAUAGACAUUGACGCAGUGCUGGUGGCCAUGUCCUGCUUUGCCCUGCUGUGUGAGGAAGCAGACAUCCGCUGCGUCUGGGACGAGGUCACUGCUACCGUCACCUACCUGCUGCCCAACUACCAUGUCUACCAGGAGCUUGCCGCGGCCUCUACCAUACUCACGACUGCCACUCUGGAGUCAAGAAUAUACAGUCAACAGCAACAAAGCCGCGCUGCCCUCCAGAAGCGCAUCAUGGCACUGCUGCGCAAGAUUGAACGCUGGACCCCAGGCUGCCUGCAGGCGUGGGAGGACACCUUCAUCAACUGGGAGUCCUCCACCAAGAUGCUCGUGUCCUACCCCAAGGCUAAGCUGGAGGAGGGGCAGAUAUCCGAUAGCUUCCACCGCACCGUUUGCA